AUGGCUGACGUCAGUGAAAUUAGUCCUCGCGAUCAAGCAAUGACUAUCCAAGCUAAGAAUCAGCAGCCUCCGGUAGUAACGCUGUUAUCGAAAUAUCUCGAUGGUGAAUAUCAUCCAUUAAAAGAGGAUUUAAGGCAAUUUAUUCGCAACAAUAAAUUAUUUAAUAUGGAAUACAGCAAUUUAAACCUGCAGGAACAACGAUAUCUUGCCCACGAAAGAGCUAAAGCAAUACUCAGGCAUCCUAAAUGUAAAAAUCAACUUGAUGAACAGGUUAGAGGCAGUCUGGAUUUUAUGAAGAAAAAUUUAAUACUGGGUGAAGUAUUUGCCUUUGUCGACCCUUCGACUAAUGUCAAGCUUGGUGUCAUGGUGUUUCUUUUUGGAGGUGCUAUUAUCAACCUAGGUAGCGCGGCUCAAGUACAAAAGUGGCUCGGUCCUUUAAAGGACCUACAAUAUACUGGUAUGUUUGCUAUGACCGAACGUGGGCAUGGCAGUAACGUCCGUUGUAUAGAAACUGAAGCUACCUAUAAUAUAGAGAAUGAGGAAUUUAUCAUCAAUACACCGACAAGAAGCGCUCAGAAAAUGUUUAUUGGAAAUGGAUUACACGGAGAAUAUGCAAUAGUUUUUGCUCAGCUGAUACUUCAUAAUAAAUCGAAAGGUCCUCAUGCAUUCAUUGUUCCCAUUAGGAAUGAGAAUGGUCUAUACCCGGGAGUAACUGUUGUUGAUCUCGGAUUGAAAGAAGGAAUGAAUGGCGUAGACAAUUGUCUCCUUUCUUUUGAUCACGUUCGGAUUCCCCGAGAACAUUUACUUAAUAAAUACGCUGAUGUCCUUCCAAACGGUAGCUAUGUCACUGAUAUCCUUAAAGAUUCUACUCGUUUUAACAUCAUGUUAGCUGCUUUAAUUGGUACUCGCUUAGCUGUUGCCAAUCAUUCUACUGCAUGUAUGAGUGUUGGAUUAACAAUUGCCAUACGCUAUGCUCAUAGACAAGUCGCUUCCUUAGUCGAUGAUCAUCAGACUAGUGGAGGUAGUAUCGCUACGAAUCGCGAAAUUCAAGCACUUGCGUCUGGAAUAAAAGCAUAUGCUUCUUGGGCUUGUGUUCAAACUAUGCAAAUUUGUCGCGAAUGUACUGGAGGACAGGGAUAUAUGGCUGAGAAUAGAAUUGCCGGCCUGAAGGGUGACGUGGACGUUUUUGUAACCUAUGAAGGCGAUAAUACUAUAUUGCUUCAGGUACAGAAAAACGGCAUGGACUCGUUCAUGGCAUGGAAUGAAUGUUUACAUCAUUUGAAUGCGCUAGCUAUGUCUCACGUUGAAAGGGUUUGUUACGAGCAGUUUGUAAUAGCCGUAAAGCAAUGUCCCUACCCUGGUCCACGAUCCAUACUUGCCAAGUGUUGCAAGCUCUACGGACUAAACUGCAUUUACAGUGAUCGAGGGUGGUACUUAGAAGAAUCUUUUAUAAAUGCUAAAAUGGCAAAAUGUAUUAGAACUGAGGAUAUAAUCGUAGCUUGA